AUGGGACUUUCCAUCGCCUCCUUCUUGUUUCUCGCAGCACUUCUUGUUGCGCAGAGCGUGUGUGUGGGCAGCCUGUUUCUGCCAUUCGGUGGCAUCACAUCCGUGGCGAGCGGCAUUCUGGGCUACAAGAUUUCUAUGGCCGGUUCCUUGUUGUCCAUGCUGAGCCAAGGAUUCACCGGUACGUUCAACCUGAGGGCCGGCACUGACUUCACGGAAUCACCAUUCGAAGAGCUCGAAGUACGUCGUGGUCUUCCUGGCCAUGACAUGACGACGACAACAACCACCGCGAAGACAGAAAUUAAGGUUCCUAUAUCGGCGCUGCAAAACGUACUCAACGUGAAUGAGGAGCAGAAGCUCCAGAUAGACUUGCUGUUUGCCUUCCUGAAGGAAAUCGAUGACCGAGGAUGUGUCUCCCGCAUGGUUUGCGAGAGCACUGCCGACGCCUUACGCCUCGGUAAAGUGGGUACCGCGACAAAGCACUUCUUCGACACCAACAUGGGCGUGGGAACCAAAGCCAUCUCGGUGUUCGUCGCUGCCGCGAAGACCGGCCGAUCGCGCGGCCUCGCCGGGUGUGCGCAGGCCUUCCCAGAGUGCACCACCAACCUCCCUCGCGUCCUCACCGCAGCCGGACUGAUGUAGACCAUGACUCACGAGAAUUAACAUCUUUUCCUCGUGUCCAG